AGGGCGAGGGACUGCCUUGGUUUACAGACUACAAGAGAUUGUUUGCGGUUGUUGCUUCAUUUUCGCUUUCAGACUGUCUGAGCACGCGACGCCAUGCUUCCUCCCUUUUGCCUUCCCUCUUUAUAUCCUUAACGGAACUUGUACUAGAAUAUAAAAGGGAGAGAGGGAGAGGGAGGUCUGCUGGAAGGAGAUAAAGACUUUGGGACCUUGAUAAGCCUGCAAUUGACCUUGGAGGACCUGUGUCAGUUUACCUCUUCUGUUUGCUUCCAGAGAUAUACAGCCAACUGCUCCUUUCUCCAAGACUUCUCCUUCUCCCUCCUUUUUUCAAUUUGCAAAGAGAGAGAAAGAAAACAAACUUGGAGAGAAGAUUUUAAAAAACAUGUCUCUUGUGCAAGCUUCAGCACCCUCUUAUAAAAUUGGCAGCACUAAAAUGCAAGAAGGAAUGUAUACUGACCAUUUACAAUCUUCUACACAUCAUUCAGAGUUGCCAGUUUUGCUCAAGCUGGAUCACUCACCAUCACCAGAUGAAGGUAUGACCAGCUCUGAGCCUCCUGUCCAACAAACAAUGGUCUAUACUAAGUUAUCUGAUGAUUCUGAAGAUAACAAUCUUGAAAUUAAUGUUGAUGAUGAUAAUGAUGAAGACGAUGAUGAUAACCCGAGGACCAGCGUCCUAUCUACCACUGUACCAGUGACCUCCCACACCCGACCCAGUGUUAUUAACUUAGGUGCUUCAUGUACUAAUAAUAUAUACGACACCACGCCCACCAACCAUACCCCCACGCCCUCUAAAGAGUACUCUAGCCUUGCCCACAAUGGCGAGAGGCCGGAGAGGAUGAGGGAGUGGCUAGUUCGUAUGAUUGAUAGCGGUCGGUUCAUGGGGCUGGAGUGGAUGGAUCAAGAGGCGGCCAUUUUUAGAGUCCCGUGGGUCCACGCUAAAAAGAGAGACUAUAAUCAGGAAAGAGACGCUGCACUGUUUAAGGAAUGGGCUAUACACUCUGGUAAAUAUGGUGAUGGCUCAGACGUUACAACUUGGAAGAUUAAUUUCAGAUGCGCCCUGAACGGAUUGAAGGACAUUAUAGAGAGGAAGGAGCUUGAGGGUCCAGACUGUAGAGUGUACCAAAUGCUACCGUCAUCAUCCCCUGGCCGAAGGAGGAAAAGGCGUCGCCCCAUUAUCCACUACAGUGAAAUGAUGCAGCUCCAGUCUGGGACUCCGCCCGAGAGAAGUAUCCGCCCGAAACUGGAGCUACCACUAGGAGGAGGUGUGGCUUAUGCUAACUCUGACACGCCCACCACGCCCAUACCAACAACUCCGAUACAUUUGGUUCCGAUAGUUACCUGUGCAGCUAAUUUUUCUUUUCCAAUUCCGGUCGCUACCAUCCAAACCACACCCACGACAGCUCAGCAGUUUCCUCUCACUCCUAGUCCAACUUUGAUCCCAAAAUACCGUCCGUUUAUUCCUCAUACUAUUCGUACUAAUUUAGACACGCCCCCUGAUAAUGAGACACAUGUUGUCCUUCCACGGCAGAGAAACUACGGUAGUACCAGUGGGGGGAGUGAGCGAUCGAUGACUCCAUCGUCUGCUAACGAAGUCAAUGUUGCUGCAAGAUCUCCUAUGAUACUAUCUCCUAAUGCCCUGCCCAUUGCCACGCCCACUAAUUACGUAUUUUCUCCUAAAACAGCCGAGAAUAAAGUGCUAGGAGUACCUCUGUACCCGCCCCUUAAGACUGGGAGAGUAAGAUGGCCGCCAGCACAAUUUGCAAACAAUCCUAAUGCUCUUACAAUUCGUAUCAUGUAUGGUUCCAUCACAGUACACAUGGAGACUUUUGACUGCUCUAAAGGACUGAGGAUAUUCUAUGGCCCCCUCCAUUGCAGGGACGUCCUCUCUCCUCAGGAAGAGGAGAUGCUUUUUGGACCCCUUAGCGCCCACCAGCUCUCAAUAUCUCCCCGCCACCCCAGCCCCCUUUCCACAGAAAUUUUCAGAACCCUCAAGAGGGGUCUGAUAAUCGAGGCGAGCGAGGGGGCAGUGUAUGCGACGGCUUUAUGUCGGACUGUCAUUUACUCUGGAUCCUCUCCGAUGAAAAACUCCGGGUCGCUCGAAAAAGAAGAAAAAGUCAAGGUUUUUGAUUUUCGUAGCGGGUUUCUCCCGGAAUUAAAAACUUCUUUAGAAACUCGCUCAAACGUAGUACCUAAACCUUACGCCCUCUUCAGUUUUGGACAGCACUGGGGCUCUGAUCGUCCGCUAUUGAAAAACCUCAUAACUCUAGUCGUCUCUCACUGUGGGGCUCUCAACGAGCUAAAGAACUCCAACGUGACCCUCUACGACGAGUUACUCUAUGAACCAAUUGAGAAUCAAGACAUACGAAUUAUAUCGCCUACUAAAAUGGACUUGGAAGCCGAGGAGUUUCUUAACCCUUCGUCAUCAUCAUCGUCUCCUUAGAAUACAUUUUUCCUCUUCCCUCUCUCUCUCUCUUUUACAUUUUCGUUUUUCUCCGUACUCAGUAAUUUUAUUCGUUGAAUAUUUGAAUGGGAAUAUUUAUUAAUCUCCUCUCUCUUUCUCUUAAUACCAAUCCUUAUGCUCAGGCUAUUAUACGCAUUAUCCAUUUCUCCUCUUCACAUAUGCACGUUAAUGUCAUUGAUGUUUCUUUUCUCAUCGUUCAUUCUAGUUUAUUCCUUUAUAUCUUUAUUCAAAAAUUUUUCUUUAAUUUUCAAUUCCUCUCUCUCUCUGCUUAACUUUUCUUCAAUUUCAUUCAUUUCUUUUUAAAAUGAAUCUCCCUAAUUUUUUCUCAUUUUCACAUUAUUAUUAUUAUUAUUUAUAAUGUUUCUCUGCCCCAAACGAUUCCUUUUACUUUUAUAUUGCAACUUUUCUUCUAAUUUUUCACUUUAUUUUUUUUAGAUUUUAAUAAUAAUAAUAAUAACGACAAUAAUUAAAUUCAA